CUCUGACGUGGUGCUUGUUGUGACCCCAAGUAGGAGAGCACAAAUCCAGAGCAGCCAGAGCUUCUAAAGCUUCGCCUAUUCUCCCGACAAUUCAACCAUUCCGUUUCGGUUGCGGGCGACCAUGAUGGGCACUAAAGCAUUAGCAGCGGCGGCGUUCCUUCUCCUAGCAAUAACUCCUGUUUUCUCGAGGCCGCCUGGGGGCGGUCCUGGCGGUCCUGGUGGUCCUGGCGGUCCCGGGGGUCCUGGCGGGCCUGGACCGGGCGGAGGCUUUGGCGGGCCGGGAGGCGGGGCUGGCAGCUCCAGCAGCGGGGGCCCUGGCGGACCAAACGGAGGGUUUCCGCCAAAUGGCGGCCCUCCUGGCGGCGGACCCGGCGGACCCGGCGGACCUGGCGGACCAGGGGGCCCGCCGGGUUUUGGGCCGUUGAAUGUGACGGCGGUGGGAAAUCUGACAUUCGCUGGCGGCACUCGUCUGGACAACUGUUCUGCUGACCUCCCCGCAGGCCACGGGGGCUUCCGAUUCGGCAUCUUCAAGAACUCCACUGGCAACUACAACCUCGUGUUCCAGGCCGAGCUCGUGAACGUCACUGGCAGCCCACCCGACUCUCUCGCAAUAGCCGAGGCUGCUGCGUGUGCUGUCGCUGCCACUCCUCUCCUCUCCCUCCCUAUCGCCGCCUCCGAUUGGACCAUCCGCUCUGGUUGGUGGCUGCUGCACUCUGAAAUGCGCCUGGACGGAUUCCUGGAGAAUGCUGAUUCUACUGCGAUUGAAACCCUCAUCGCCGCCGUUCCCAAAGUUACGCUGCCGGAUAGUGGGGCUACUCCUGGGGCUGGUGCUGCUGGGAACAGGAGGAUGGGCCUGGAGAGCGAGAGGAGGGUGCUGUUUGACCUGUUCAAAUCCCUUGGGAUGGCCAUGGGGGGGAAGAAGAAGAAUACGAAGAAGAAUGCUAAGGUUCCUGCCAAUGCGGGUGGGCAGAUGUUCAAUGUGACGGGGUAUGCCGUUCUGGCAGCUAGCUCGUCUUCUGCUGCCUCGUGGGGUGGCGAGCUCCAGGGUGCGUUGGUGCCACCCCCACCCCCACCCCCGGCUUCUUAGGGUAAAGCCAAUUUCUUUUUUCGACAUGGCUCGCAGGUGUUCAACAAGCCUGGCUAUGCUGUGCUGGCUGCGAGCUCAGCUUCGGGAUCCUGAAUUGAAGGGACAUUUUUGUUAUCAUGGUAGUUCUGUAACCUUCAGCUUCUUACGCUUUGUUUAAGCAUAGAUGAGUUCCUUUGCUUGAACUACAGAAUACUUUCUGUUAUUCUAUCAGAUC